GCCGCUAGAAUGCCGCUUGACGUGGCGAAGAGAAGUCUCCAGCUUGCACUUCACUCGAGAGCGAUCAGACCUUUUUGGGACAAUCAGAUUCGGAAUCAGAUUGUAAAGAAAAAGUUUCACUGCAGCCUAGUGCACACGUCUGCCAUGGAUUCACGCUCAUCUACACAAAGGGAACGCACAUUCCAGUAUGACGAGGACUUGCCUUCGCUGCCUGUACCACCACUACAGCAAACCCUCCAUAAAUACCUACAAUCAGUAAAGCCUUUCCUAACGGAAGAAGAGCUGCAGGAAACAGAGAGGAUUGUGGGAGAGUUUGGUCAUGGUGUUGGUAAAACACUUCAUGCAAAACUUGAGGAGAGAGCCAGUAGGACGAAAAAUUGGCUCGAGGAGUGGUGGGAGGAGAAGGCCUACCUGGAGACACGCUUGCCUCUCGGGGUUCUUCAGAACCCUUCAGGACCCAUCCCCGCCCAGGAUUCCAUGUGGCCCCCUAGGGAGGGGUCCCAACUAGAGAGGGGGGCCAUCUGCCUCUGGUAUCUACUCAGCUUCUACCAACUUAUCAGAAAAGAGAUGAUCCCAGUGGAUAAAAACCGCGCCGGGACCCAGAUAUUCUCCAUGGACCAGCUUCGAGGAUUGUUCCACAGUUGCCGAGAACCUGGACUAGAAAGGGACACCCUCUUUAGAAACUUCAAAACAGAACGAGAGGGACCUUGCCCAACACACGUCCAUGUGAUGUGUAAUGGUCAUAUAUUCAAGAUGACCGUCUUUGAUCGCAAUGGUCAGUUGCUGACAUCAUCAGAGAUACUCAGGCAGAUGUCCUAUAUCAAGGAAUUGAGCAAGGAGAAGGGACAAUGCAUUGGUGCUCUCACUGCGGAUGAUAGACCCACGUAUGCAAAAGCCUUUGAGCAUCUGGUAUCAUUAGACCCUGCCAACAGAGCUCACAUUGAGACGAUCAAGAGCAGUAUCGUUGGCUGUAUCAUAGACGAUGGUCACCCACAGACAAUGGCUCAGACCUGUGCACAUGGAAUAGCGGGACCAUCACCACACAACAGGUGGUUUGACAAGGGAUACUCAACAAUCAUUACUGCUAAUGGAUGUGCCUGCUCAAAUAUAGAUCAUGCUCCGUUUGAUGGGAUGGUGGUAGUAGUUUUAUCUAUGUUUAUUCAUCAGAAGAUGUUGAAGGAUGGUGGAGACAUGCCAGGCAAGCAUACAGUCAGACCUGACAUUCCCAUGCCGAUAGAAAUGAUCUUCACUGUUGAUCAGAAGGUUCAAGAUGACAUUGAACAUGCGACAGAGACAUAUCAAAAAUCGGCUUCCAAUUUUGAUGUUCUAUGCAGUUCCUAUAAUCAGUUUGGCAAAGAUUUCCUGAAGAAACACAAGAUGCACCCUGAUGCAACGAUACAGCUGGCACUCCAACUUGCAUACUACACAGCUACUGGGAAACCUGGAGCAGCAUAUGAAACGGCAACAACUCGUCAGUUCUACCACGGACGAACAGACACAAUGAGAUCGUGUACCAUGGAGGCUAUUGAUUGGUGUAAAGCUAUGCUGGAUAGCCAGGCAGAGAGUUCACACCAGCUAUCACUGCUGCGAAGAGCCCAUGACAAACACAAUACCCUGAUGACCGAAGCUGCCAGCGGUCAAGGAAUUGACCGUCAUCUUCUCGGCCUCUACAUUCUCUCUCAAGAGUUGGGACUUCCAGUACCUGACCUAUUCACUGAUAAAGCCUAUACACUCAGUGGCGGAGGGGGUAAUUUUACCUUAUCGACCAGUACCCUUGGUUAUACACCUAUCCUUGGAUCUAUAGCACCAAUGAGAAAUGAUGGAUAUAUGUGCUGCUAUAGGAUAGGAAAAGAUGAACUUCAGUUUACUGUAAGUGCCUUCAAGAACUGUGCCGAGACCGACGCCCACCUAUUCUUCCGUGAGAUUACCUUGGCUCUCAAUAAGAUUGGAAACCUGCUCCUCAAUGCCAAACUUUAAUAUCAUCUUUAUCAUCAUCACGAUGUUCAUUUUUAUCAUCAUCCCGAUCUUUAUCAUAAGUACCAUCACCAUCUUUACCAUAACCACCAUCUUCAUCAUUUUUAUUAUCAUA